AUGAAUAAUUUUUUAUGUUUUUUUAAUACUGAUUCUCCUGUUCAUAGGCCAGAAGUUGAUGAUGAAUAUUAUGGUGUAGAAAAUUGGCAAGAUAAAUAUAGAAGUGCUUUUGCACCAACUGAAGAAGAAUUAGAAAGAAAAUAUUUAACAAGAACAAAAAAAUCGUCAUCACCAGCUGAGGUAUUAAUUAUAGCAUUAUCUAUUAUAGCAAUGAUCUUAACAUUCCCUUUAUCUAUAUUUUUAUCAAUACGUUUUGUAAGAGAUUAUGAAAGGAUGGUUGUAUUAAGAUUAGGAAGAUUAAAAAAAUUAUAUACUCCUGGUUUUUAUAUUAUUGUUCCAUGUAUUGAUAAAUGUUCAAAAGUUGAUAUGAGAACAAAUCCAUUAAAAAUUGACAAAUUUCAGUCAAUUACUCUAGAUAAGGGUAUUAUAGAAAUUGGUAUUAUUGCGCAAAUAUCUGUUGAAGAUCCUGUAGCAUCUGUUUGUUCAUUAAAAAAUAAUAAAGAAUUUAUAAGUUCUUUAGUUUAUACAUAUAUGUCAAGAAAAGUUAUUAAAGAAAAGAUAUCAGAUUUAAUGCAGGAUUAUAGAAGACAAAUAUUUUCUGAUAAUGCAAAAACUGAACUUAAUAAUUUUAUUCAUAGAUACGGUAUUGAAAUAAAAGAAUUAAAUAUAGAACAUUUUGAAGUUGUUAAAAAUGGUGAAAAUGCCGCAGUAUCAGUUUUUAAUACAAUAAUAAAAUCUGACUUUGUUCCAAAUGUCAAUUUUGAUACAACUAUUAAUAAAAAUCCUCCUAAUUCAGUUAAAGUAAGAACAUCAUCAACUGGUGAUAGUACAGUUUCUGUAUGUUCAUCAAAUACAACAAUAGCAAUAAAUGAAGAAAUUGAUAUUGUUAGUAAAGUUAAAAAACAUAUUGAUGCAUCACUUGUUCAUCAAGUUGGAAAAUGUUAUCAAGUUAUGUGUACAGAAGUUGGUAAUUUUUAUGUUGAUUUAACAUCCGAUUGUGGAUAUUGUGAUUGGGGUAUACAUCCAUCACCAAAUGUUAUUUUUACAUUAAGUAAAGAGUCUUUAUUUGAUAUAAUUGAAGGAAAUAUAACCCCUGUUCAAGCAUACUUAAAUGGAACUGUUAAUAUUAAAGGCUCUAUGUUUGAUGCAAUAAAAUUAAAGUAUCUAGCUGAAAGAGUUUCUGUAAUUGUUUAA